AUGUCUUCGACACGAAGAUCUCGAGAACCGACUCAGAAGAUUACACCGCCCUCGAGUUUUGCAGACCUACCGUUAACGCCGCCGCCAACCGACGAGAAGCUGUUCGCGCAAGCUCUUCGAGUCAUCGCACUCUUCGACGAAAUCCGAGCUGGAAAGCACAGCAAUCGAGACCCGUGGACGGAGUUCUCGCUUGUGCCAGGGGAGUUUGAUAGGGUACAGCGUCUGCUCGACCAAGACGAGGAGCUGCGAAAGUUUGUGGAGGACAAGAUACGAUAUGACUACGACGCCGAAAAGCACCGGCUUGUUGUUCGCAUGCCUACAGCCGUGCACGAAGUGUUUAUCGCUCGGGUCGAGGACGCAGUCUUCAGUCAACUAAAAUUGUUCCGUGAGGGAUCGGACGACGCGGCGGCUUUCGCGCAGAAGGUGAAUCCAGCUCGGUCUACUGAGAUAUAUUUUCCAGUUGACAACGCUUCGCCUCGCAAGGAGUCGAAACACGAACCCGACGCGUCUUUCUGGCACGACAAGGCACAUUAUCCUGGGGUUAUCAUUGAGGUCGCAUACUCACAGAAGAAAAAGAGACUGAGCCGACUAGCUGAAGACUAUCUUUUAGAUUCAGAUGCAAAUGUACGAGCCGUUGUCGGGUUAGACAUUGAGUAUGGCAAGAAAGGUUCGCGCAAGGCGACAUUGUCCGUGUGGCGAACCCGCGUGUUCCACACUCCUGCAGGAGAUGAAUUAAGAGUGUUCCAAGAGAUUGCAGAUGAGACGUUCCGCGAUCAUGACGGGAAGCCUACCGACCAUCAAGGCAUGCGGCUACGCCUCAGCGAUUUCGCUCAUAAAGGGUUGGUGAGGGACGAGAUCGGUAGCCAGGAUAAGGACUUGACGGUCUCUGCUCAACAGCUCUGCUCCUUUCUGAGCGCAGCGGAGGUGAGAGCAGACCGGAGAGGAUCGCUGAGUAAGGAUCCGAUCGCUCCUGGGAUCAAGAAGCGGAAGAGAUCAGAGACACCUGAAGACAGAAUCGCAUCCGGUGAUGAAGCAUGGUAUGUUGAGCAAGAGGAGAGGACAGCGAAGCGCAUAGCGGGCGAUGAUCCCGAUUACGAAGAUCGAUCGCGAAUGAAAAGCUCCUCAGAGUAA